GCGACAUCUCGCUUAGGGGGGAAAUGGUUGACUGAUCCGCUUGUCAAUCACAAGGGACAAAUAAUGGUCAAAGGGUACGAGGAGUGAUCCGAGUUCUAACCCUAGGGGUCCUAAAGUUAGUCAGAGGGGCAAGUUUGGUGGUCGGGUUGGGGCUGAGCAAGCUCUUGCAUGGAAGGGAGGAAGGAAGCUGGCACGACGGGCAUCGAUCGAUUCAUGACCGAAGAAAGCAGCAGGGUUUAUGGGAGUUUAGGGUUUUACGAGGGCAUGGGUUGAGAGUGGACGGACAAAUUUGGAAGUUUCGCUUUGGUUUGCGGUGUUGGGAGAGAUUAUUGUCGGGGGCGGACGGAUCUGGGGUUCGGACAUCAGCACCUCUCCGAUAUUGAGCUGGAGAGGGGCAGGAGUUAUGGCGAGUUUUAGUUCCAGUGGCAGCAAGGCACUGUGUUCCUUCGUUUCGAGAAUUAGAUCGGUUUCUAAGUGUUGUCAAACUUCCACCGUGCAAGGAGAAUUAGCGUUUGCGAGGACGAGCCGGAGCUCGAAUCCCUGCGCCCGGCCAAAUACCGCCACUGCUUCCGCGGAUUGCUCUGCAAAGUCGUUUCUAGGGAGUCGAACAUUUUCUGCCUAUUUAUCGAGGUCUCCAAGUGAACUGGCUUGCUUGCAGUCUCUACUGCCAUUGCAUAGUGUAACUGCAGCUGCAAGGCUCGUAUCUCAUCUUAGUUCGAGUGCUGGAGAAGCUCCUGCAAUCCUUCAUGAUGACCUUGACGGCACCUGACGAGUAUAUGUGCUUUGCGGACAUUGAGCGGUUUAUGCUGGACUCUACUUCAUCUCGCUCCCCAGCCCUUGCAACGUUUUCUGUGGUUAGGAGUCAUGCCUCUUGCAGCGGGUGGCGGUUAGGAGCAAGACUUUAGUUUUCGAAUCUCUCGUAAUUGCAAAUGAGCGCAGUUCACCUUGCGCGGUGUUAUGUGUUAUAAACAUUCAUACAGAACGGAGUCUUUCCUCGUUCUAUCGGCCCCUUGAAACCAUGAUGUUAUGUACUGUUUACAUCCUGGAAAAGGAUGCCGUGUAAUCCCUCAAUUAUUUCAUACAACCACGUAGCUUAGUCGUAAGGCAGGAUGGGGUUGUAUUUCAGGUGAUAAAUAGUGUAGUCAUUAUUACCCUGUCUCUGUCCUCAUGUGGAACUUGUUGGGUAGAUGAGUUCGAAAUGUGCUAUAGAGUUAAGUUCCCUGAAUAAGGUGAUGGCGUAUCAACUUUGGUUACAGCAGCAGCAGCGAGAAAUUCCGAAGGUUUGUGGCUUGGACCUCGCCCUGUUAAGCCACAGCUGUAACAAGAAUGUGACACCUGAACUGUGUUUAUCAAAAGUAGUCUUAUUCCUGAAUCUGCGCAUAGCUCUGGCCAGCACUGGUCGAAAUUGCAGUUAUCAGAAUACUUCCAGGAAAUUGGGGAUCACGAUGCUUUCAGGUUGAUUGUUUUCUCAAUAUGUGACCCGAACAUGAGGAGAUUCCAAACAGUGAGCUAUUCUGCAGCUCUUCAUUCAAAAGAUGUUGACUCAAAUCGC